GUUGAAAAGAAUAUUUCUUUGACAAACCGACUCCAAAGGCAUGCUGAUAGCUUUGACAGCGCCCUUACCGAAAUUCGGACAGGUUAUGUCGUGAGGCAAAAUACAACUUUAUAAUAAAUGCGAUGAGUGUAUAAUCGAAUAGAAAAGCAAACUUAGAAAAAUGUAAUCAUGAUCUAAUAUAAAAUUUGACGCUUUAAUUAAUUUUCGAUUUAUUUUUCAUAAAUGGUUGAAAUUUCUUUCCUCUCCCCCCACCACCACCUCUUGCACGGUGAGAUCAGCAACAAUGAAGAUCGGCGGAGAGAAAGAACGGCGAUGAUGACAACAUCAGCGGAGAGGUCAAACCAAACCUUACAGCUCUCAAAAUCCACCGAAGUAAUGCUGUAACUAAAGAGGAAAAACCAAAGAAACGUAUUCAAACGAGAGAGAGAGAGAAAAAAGGGGGCAAUCGUUGAGAGAACGUCAGAUAUUUCCAUCUUUUUUAUCACUUCGGUUUAUAUUAUUACAUGGCUGAUUCUAACAAAAACCCAGGGACUGCAGACGGAUGCUGCUCUUCUGCAAUCCCUAAGAAAUCGAAUAAUCGGGAUCCUCCCCACUACCAAAAGCAGGCCCGUAGUUCUAUGGAUCCCCAAACUUAUCAGCUAAUUGAACAUGUCCUUGUUGAUCAGUCCCUACCGGCUGAGGCUAGAAUUGUUGCACCAGAAAAAAGCCUCACUUUAUUCAAUCUUCAAGAAUACAUAGACAGGACAUUGGAUGCCGUGGUUACAGCUGAGAAAGCAGCAGAGGUGUCAACUACCGAAGGACGAUUGGGUUGUUCUGAAGUUCUGUUUGAGAAUUCUGGGAGUGCACGGACUCUUGCAGUUGAGCCAGAUAGAUUAGGAGUGUCAAGCCUAAGUAACUUCAGUUCAAUUCGAGCAAACUGUUGUGUUUAUAAAGGUAAAUGGAUCUACGAACUGAUGUUGGGUUCAAAAGGUGUGAUGCAGGUGGGCUGGUGUACCAUAAAUUGUCAGUUUUUUCAAGAGAAUGGUGUUGGAGAUACAACAGAUUCUUAUGCCUAUGAUGGUAACAGACUUUGCAAAUGGAAUGUCAAAACUCAACGGUAUGGAGAGUCUUGGUUAACAGGUGAUGUGAUAAGUUGUGCAAUAGACUGUGACAAAGGAACCAUUACCUUUUUCCGGAAUGGGAAAUGUCUUGGAGAGGCUUUCAAUAAUGUCAGAUGUGGCCCAGGAUAUGCCUAUUUCCCUGCUGUCAGUUUAUCCAUGUCGGAAAAUGUUCGUGCUAAUUUUGGGGCAAUACCUCUUAGAUAUCAGGUUGAAGGAUACAAACCUCUGCAAGAUCCUCCACAUUUAGAUCUUGUCCAAGCCCAAAUUUUGUUCUGUUAUUUAGAAAAUUUGUUACCUGUCAUGGUUGAAGAGGAGUCUGAACGCAAAUCCUGGUCUGCUGAGAAGAAAGAUUUACAACCUCCAGCCCUCGGUGAUACUCGCAGCCGUCAAUGCAAUUUACUUCUAGUUGCUGCGCACUUGUUUAACAAACUUGCCACAUUAUUGAAAAGUGCCUAUAUCGUAGAAGCUUGCCUCUUAAGGUUCAUGUUAAAAGUUUGUGAUGCUGAAUCUUGCCUGUCUGAACAGCCAUACAUAUCAAAAUUAUUAGACACCAUGUGGACACUUAUGCAGGAUUUUGAAUUAAAAGCUUGUCUUGAAAAUUUAAUCAUCACACUAUUAACAGCUUAUCGUUUUUCUCCAAUAACUGCCGACUUCAAAUACCCAAGAAUGUAUUUGAGUUUGACCUUGGCAAUAUUGAAGCAUUCCCAGACGCGGCACCAUCUAUUGUCCCAUGUGCUAUUUGACAAGAUUAAAUUUCCCGUCUUUCUUCACAUUAAACCCCCGGACGAUAAAGGACUUAUUGAAAUUGUGCCUACUGUUUGGUGGCCAAAAGUUAAAGAGGAAGGUACAGUAUUACAGCCACAGACUCAUAAGGAAGAAGAAGAUAAACAAGCUUAUCUAGUGUCAUGUGAACAGCUGAAAAAUAAAAUUGAAGAGAUUGAAAGAUUGCAAGUAGAAAUGCUGAAAGUGUUAUUAAUUCACGAUGACAAGAAAGAGCCACAAGGCAAAACAUCAAGGGAUUUAUUUUUGGAAAAGUUCCGAGCUUUCUUGAAAGAAAAUGCUGGUACCAGGUUACAUCCAAUCAAUACGUGCCCUUUACCUGUUAGUCUGUGUUUCUUCCAUCGACUCAUCCAAGCUUUACGAUAUUAUUGGGAUUUUUAUGCUCAACAAGACACAGUGAAAUUUUUGCCAAGUUCAGAAGCUUACAUGCCGAUAUGUGAAUUCAAGAAACCUGGCCGUGAUAACUUAGACUUUCAAAGGUGUGGUGGAUUACUAUCUCAUUUACAACGAACAUUAUCUGAUGGUGAAGGAAGCAAGACGAAGAAAGGUCACAAGUCAGACGGGAACUCAGGGUCCUGUUUGUAUUUCUGUUGUUCAGGCAGCCGUAGUAACAGUAAUGAUUGUUUGGAGAGCAGUGUCGACCCCAGCUGUGCUGAAAUUCCUGGUGAUGCAACGUUAACAGAGUUACUUGAUGGUGUGGUCACCCUCUAUCACAUAGCGACACACAAGCAACUUGGAAAGAUGAGUGCAUUACGAGACAAUAUGAAUGAAUUUAUCAAUUCUUUAAUAGACACAGAAGAAAAAUUAGCAAAAUGUCCAGAUGAUGCUCAGGAAAUUAAAUAUGAACUAGAAAGAGCAAAAUCAGUUUUUGAAGAGAAAAUUUCAGAACUUGGACGCCAAAUGGCUUGGGUCAUAGCAGUCAUAUACUCAAAGACAAAGCAAAUAGAUGUUGCCUGGAUAUUUCGAGUGGUUUUAAAAACUAUUGAGAAAGCAUCCGCCCACGAAAUACCUUUCCAGUUUCUUCCAGAAUUCUAUGUAGACACUUGUAUUAAUUCCUACAAUGCAUUGAAAAACUAUUUCCAUCCAACUGCAAAUUUCUUUGAUAUUCCAGAUAAUUUUGACCUGAGUCACAAAUUUGCCUUAUUCCUCACUCGGCAUUUUUCUGACAAUCGAAUUGUAAAUUCAGAUCUACGGGACAAUAUAACACAAGCCUUGGCAUGCUUUGCUUGUUUUCCUUAUUCUCUUGAAGUCUUAGAAGAUUUACCUUUGGAAAGUAAAAAGAGCAUGAUGCACUACCUUACAGCACCUUAUGAUAAUCGGUCUUGGGCGCAGACAAACUGGAUUUUGGUCCGAAUAUGGAAGGGUUGCGGCUUUGGUUACCGGUACACACACCUCCCACAUCUUGUUCCUUCCAAACUUCAGACGACAGAAUUAGGGGUUGCAAGCCUUCAGAAGCCGUGUCCUUCAAAAGUGUUUCAAGAUCUUUUAUCUGAAAUGUUACGAGAAGAUCGUGAACGUGCCAUCCGUUUUCUUGACACGAUGCUAAGUCAACUGAAUUGGUCUUUCUCAGAAUUUAUAGCCAUUAUGCAACAGAUUCAGCAAGUAGUCAGCAAAACUGAGCCAUGGUUUAUAGAUACUCGUCAACUUAAGUUUUGUGCCACAUGCUUUCAAAUCACUAUCUCUCUUCUCCGUGUGGUCGAGAUGAUAGUCUCCAUUUCACCGGAAUUUUUUACAGAUUAUUCAAAGUCAUCAAGUGAACUUCUCCUCACCAGAUUAAUACAAUUGUUGUGCCAAAUACUAAAUAGAAUUGCAACCCGCAACGGCAUGUUUGAAAAUGUGAUUUCAUUGCCCUUACCAGGAAUGGAAGUUGUCACUCAUUAUCCAAUUGUUGCAGCAACUGUUGGAAUACUAAUUCGGUUAAUUCUUUCUUCAAAAGAUCCAGAACGGAGGGAUUCACGUGUUUGUAACGUACUUCUCUCCGAACCCUUGUUCCAAAUAAAUUCUUUAAACUUCCUCCUGGGACAGGAUGAAUGUGCUGAGAUUGAUGUCACAACUUAUAAGAAACAGUUUAAUCUCAGAGAAAUCAGCCAAGUAAACAGUGAAGAAAUCAAACAGGUUGAAGACUUGAUAGAAUAUCUACAAAAUGAGAUUGACAAUAAGUCAAAACAACAGAAGUCUUUAAAAGAUGAAGACGUAUGUGCUAUUUGCUAUGCAAAUCCCAUCUCUGUUAUAUUUGAUCCUUGUGGUCACAAGUCAUGCCGAAACUGCAUCACUUAUCAGAUGAUGAACAAGAAGGAAUGUUUCUAUUGUAUGACUCCAGUCACAUCAGUUCGUGAUAUCGAAAGUAACGAUGUCGAUGUAACGAGCACAGCAGCCGCAGCUGCCGGCAAGGUGAAACCCAGCAGCAACAACAAUACGGAGGACAAGUAAAUUCACAUCUCUAACUCAUUGCACCGCACCCGUGAAAUAUCACCACCAAUGCCACCAACGCCGCUGUCGCCAUCUUUAGAUAAAAUCACAGAAAAUUUUAGAGAAAUAAAAUUAAAGACAUUGAUUUUUCUCAAUAUUUUUCAAUCUUUUAGCCACUUCAGAAAUGAGGAAAAAAAAACAUGGUUUGUGUUUUUUUUUAAAAGAAAUUAAAGAACAUAAAACAUAUGAAAUGAAAUGAAAACAUCUAUUUUUAAGUGAAAUCUCAGAAUAAUAUUUGGUGGGGAAUAUCAAAGAAAAUUUUUUUUUUUUCAUCUUCGGAAAAGAAAACAAUAUUUGAGGAUCCUCGAACAAAAAAAAAAAAAA